CCCAGCCUGGCACAUCCCUGCUGGGCUGUGCUGGAGCUGCCAGGAGCAUCCUGGGCAGGGCAGGAAGUGGGUACCACACUUAUCCCCCGGAGCACAGGAGGUGCAGUGCCAUGAGGCGCCUUGUCCGUGCAGGGAAGGGAGUGCAGGGAACAGCCUGCUCCCCAAAAGCAGGCUCCUGCUCCCCAAAAGCAGGCUCCUGCCCCUGAGGGGCUGGGGUUGGAUGCACUGCCCCAUCCCUGCCUCAACAAAUACAGCAGGACUGGAAAAUAAAAGAGGGGGGGAAAAGGCAGAAAUGAUGCUUGUGUGCGGCUCCCGGGAGAAUCUGUGCUGCCUCCUGCCUGUUGUGCUGCGGGGCCAAGGGAGACGUGCUGCCCACAGGAGGGCAGCUCUGGGCUCCUGGGGUAGGAGCUGGCAUCACCCUUGUCACCUGGGAACAGGGCUGCGGGUGAGGAGGAGCCCGAGGGGACUGUGGGAGCGGAGGACACGGGGUGCUGUGGUGUUUUUCCAGGGUUUGUGUUGGGGCUGCAGAGGCUGGUGGCUCCUGGGGCUCCUGGGAGUGGUGCCCCAGUGACAGCAGUGUCCCCAGUGCUGCACUCACCAGGGUCUGGCCUGGCUGAGCAUCUCCUGCUGCAGCCACAGUGCCCCUGUGUGGGACACUGUGGGCAGUCUGGGAAUUGGGGCUGGUCGUGUGCCACUGGAUAAGGAACUCUGUGCUGUCCCUCCAGCUGUGGCUGUGGGAGAUAGGGAUGGGGCAGCUGCCACCUCCUGCUCCAUGGAGGCUGCUUUGAUUUGGGCUCACUUUCAUCUGAGUUGAACUCCUCGUCUCAGGAGUUCUCAAAAUUAGUUUACGAAGAAAAUAUGUCAAACGAAAUUUAUUCAUCUUAACUGUGACACCUCUGUGACAUGAGCUCAUCCCUGCAGCCUGCACGGCCUGUCCUGUGUCCUGCCAGGGAUCGAGCACUGCUUUAACUGGGCACAGCAUGGUUUUUCACAUGGCCCCUGUGGGUGCCAAGGGGGUCCAGGCUGCCACCCUCACCCCACCAGUGCCCAUGGCUGUGCUGGUGCUGUCCUUGGAGCAGCCCAGCGCUGGCGUGUGCCCGGGUGGUCCCCAAUCACCUCUCCCCCAUCAGCAGGGCUGUGCCGUGCCCACCCCCUGAUGCCACCCCACCCUGCCGAGCUGUGACACGGCCCCUGUCUCGGGGGGUGACCCCACAGCCGGAGGGGAUCCCCGUGGAGGACCUGCCCUGCAGCACCGCCCUGUUUGCUCCGGCACUGGCCACACCCUUGCAGGCAGAGAGAGAGGCUGAUCCAGCCGCUGGCCCCACGCUGGGGCACACGAGAGAUGGCCUUCCAGCGGAGCCACCGCCUGAACCUGCUGCGCCUUGUCGUGCUGCUCCUCAUCGCCUUGGCCGGCAUCAAGUUCCUCUUCCGUGACAGCUUUACCCUGGAGCUGCACAAGCACGUCAGCAAGGACAGCCGGUUCUGGGGGGACACAGGUGACAUCGUCCAGGAUGUCAUCCCCCAGAGCCAGGUUCUGGAGCUCCCUGAGGCGAAGAUAACGGCCCUGAGGCAAGAGCCUGGGCAGCAGGUCCCCAGGGAUGUCAGUGCCACCGAGAUGAGGCUGGUCCACUUGGACCUCAAGGGAGCCGCACCCAGGGUCUCCUACCUGGAGCAGGUGUUCCCCUUCCUGUCCCAGCUGGGAGCCAACGGCAUCCUCAUCGAGUACGAGGACAUGUUCCCCUUCAAGGGGGAGCUGGAAGUCCUCAGGUCCCCGUACGCUUACAGCGAGGAGGACAUCGAGCGGAUCCAGCAGCUGGCGGAGCAGCACAAGCUGGAGGUGGUUCCCCUGGUGCAGACCUUUGGCCAUGUGGAGUUCAUCCUCAAGCACGAGAAGUACCAGCACCUGCGGGAGGUCGAGCGCUUCCCCAACAGCUUCAACCCCCACGUGCCCAACACCCUGGCCCUGCUCAGGAGCGUCUUGGCGCAGGUGAUCGAGAAGCACAGACGCUCCACCUGGAUCCACAUCGGCGCGGAUGAGGUUUUCCACCUCGGGGAGGGGAUGGACUCCAAGAGCUGGAUGAGCCGCAACAAGGGCGACGUGGGGACCAUGUUCCUGAAGCACAUCAAGGAGGUGUUGGGCUUCCUCUCUGCGCAGUACUGGGGGCUGCGGGUGCUCAUGUGGGACGACAUGCUGAGGAAGAUCAGCGUGGGAGCCCUGCGGGAGUCUGGGAUAGCGAAGCACGUCUCACCCGUGGUGUGGUUCUACGCGCCCGACUUCGAGGCUGAGCAGAUUGAGCCGUUCCUCACCAAGUAUGCAGAGAGUGGCUUCGAGGCAGUUUGGUUCGCCAGCGCCUUCAAGGGCACCACGGGGCCGGCGCAGACCUGGACCCCCCUGAGCUACCACCUGAAAAACCACCUGAGCUGGCUGAAGGUGAUGCAGGCCCUGCCACGGCUGGCCCCGCUGCGCUUCCAGGGCAUCGUGCUCACCGGCUGGCAGAGGUACGACCACUACUCAGUGCUCUGCGAGCUGCUGCCCGUCGGCAUCCCCUCGCUGGCCAUCUGCCUGCAGACCCUGGUGAACGGGGGCUUCACAGAAGAGGCGAAGAGGAAGGUCCUGGAUGUGCUGGGCUUGGAGAGCGUGCAGCUGGAGCAGAGCACCUGCGAGGGCAGGGGAGCGUUCCCUGGUGUGGAGAUCUACCACAUGGUGGAGCAGGUUAAUGGCCACCUGAAGGAGAGCAUCCUGAAGGCUCUGGAGGAGGAGAGUGCCAUCAAGGGCUGGUUCAGCCCCUACCAUCGGAAGCACCGCUUUGGGAACCCCCGCAACAUGGAGAGCUUUGGCAGCAAGGUGCUGAAGCUGCAUGAGGACUGGGAGAGCUUCGUCCGUGACCUGCGUGCCCAGCUGGAGAGGGUCUACUUCCCAGACACGGUGGAGGAGUGGAUGGAGGAGAACGUCAACCCCUACCUGGACCAGCUGCGGGACCUGGUACGGGACUACCGGGCCAUCAUCCGCCUCAACGGCCGGCCCAAGGCCACGUAGGGGCUGCAGCCCCCCCAGCUCUCUCUGCCCCCCUGGCUGGUCUUCGGGGGCCAGCGCCUCGUGUCUGUUUG